GUUGCCCUGAUGUUCGUUGUUUUUGCAAUCGCCGGGCUGGUGAUCGCUCAGGACUCAGUUUCUGAGAUCCAACCGAUUGAGCAGCAGGUAGUUUCGUCAAGACAAAACAUCAUCAGUCUUGAGGUCAUCCUCACGACCCGAUUUGACAGCCCGAGUGUGGGACCCGUCGAAGAAUGGGAGAGCCACAUCUGGAUCGAUGGCGAUCGGGCUCGGGAAGACAGGAGACUGCUGCAUGCGCCGAGGGCGGACGGUGAGGUUCCAAUAGUCGUCCGUUGCAACACCCCUGAUGAGUUGUUGUAUUGGAAGACGGAUGAUGUCGAAGGCAAAAUCGGUAUGGCCAUCCACCGCUGGCAAGGGCCUGAGCUGGAAGACGCUCGCAUCAAUGACGUCCUUAGGUUCCCGCGAGAUCCCCGCUUCCUCGGCGUCUCGCUGCUCAACACAGGCACACUCACGACAGCACGCGAGUGGGAGAUCGGCUGCGCACCAGGACUCGCAAAUCGUCACAAACAGACGGUUGAGGACGUCAACGUGUCGGGGCAGGAGCUGCUGCUCAUCAGAUUUGAGACGUCUGUGGGAUCAACGAUCGCGAUUUGGUACGACCGCGAAAAGGACGGGCAACCCGUAAAGCUGACCGCAGAUUUUCCAAAGCACGACCUGACGGCAGAAGUCAACGUGGAAUAUCAGCUCUGUGACGACGGAGUGACAUGGCUGCCGUCUAAAGUUGUGUCUCUCCAGGAACUGAAGGGCGAAAAGGACUGGUACGAGGAAAGCGAUUUGGAAGUCAUCAGCGUUAACGAACCCGUACCAGAUUCAAUCUUCACACUUUCGUCUCUGGACAUCCCGGAAAAGUCUAUUCAGAACUAUCCGGCACUCGCUGAGGACACUUAUUGGGAUGGGGAGAAGGAAUCGGCCAGAGUGAUGGGGGAUCCAAGGCCGACGGGCGGUGGAAAUCUGGAUCAGGGUGCUGGCAGGAAUUCUGGCGGCCCACGUAUCUUCGUAUUGGUCAAUCUCUGUUUUGUCGUGCUUAUCAUGGUCUACCUCGCGUUCCGCCGGCGCAGCUGA